AUGAAGAUUCUUCAUUUUGCAUUAUUACUUCUUACUUUUCUAGCUUUUCUCAUUUCAGCUUCGGCUACCACAGCUUCAACUACUACCACCCUAAGCCGCCUCCACGAGUCUCCGGCCGGCCUAAACAGGUUCGGCAGGUUCCCGUUUCCAGUUCCUAUACCAUUGAGGCAAGUCGAUGUGUCGAUUAUAUCCGCACUUCCUAACAAUAGUCCUCCCUUGGUCCUCCAUUGUUUUUCGGGAGAUGAUGAGCUUGGAUAUAGAGAUCUCCAUUCGGGAGAGCUCUACAGGUGGGAAUUCUUCGCGCAUCCGUGGACUAAAUUCCUCUGCAGCUUCAACUGGACCACAAAGACGCAAGGUUUUGCCGUCUAUGAUCUUAAGGUUGGUCUUUCCGGCGGCUGCGGUGAUGCAAUUUCUAAUGAUGAUUUAUACUGUUAUUGGCUGGUCAGAGAUGAUGGAUUUUACCUCUCCAAAAUGUACAAUCCUAAUCCAAGCCUCGGACAGAGGACCAACUCGUGGUUGAACAAGUAG